CGCUACGGCAGAUGUAAACAAACAAAUUCCAGACGUGUUUUUGAGAACGGACGAGGGCGUUCUGAGCAAGUAGUAUCCUUUGGUAAAGUAAAGUCUUUUGAGUUAUUUAGCGUUUUCAAAUAACUUCACAAGAAAUGGAUUCAUUGGAAUUUAGCCUUUCUCCUGUUAACAAAAAGGCUUCUCCACGAAAGGGUAGGAGAGCAGCAGGAAAUUCGGGGCCAGACUCAUUAGGUGUUUCAGAUGACUUAUUUGCUUCUCCUGUUACAAGUAGUGCAGCAUCACCACAGCAUGAGGCUCCAAUUUCAGGACCCCCUGCGGGUAGACGAGCAGGAGGCUGGGCAAGCUCUGCUAAAACAGGAGACUUUGGGCCUCCUCAGGAAGACAAGAGAUUUCAACUAGAUUCAGACUCAGACACUGAUAUACCAGUUAUUCCUGAUCUGGAUGAAGUUGUAGAGGAAGACUUUACCCAACAGAUUGCUCAGGCACCAAGUGUGGCCGUCAACCGAGUUGCAACAUACAAGGAGUUAGAUUCAGAUUUGCUGCGACAUGCUGCCUUUUCAACUCUUGAUGACAUAGACCUGAGACAGUUAACCAACUGUCUGUCAAAUGAAUCAGAUAUAAGAGAGCCUGAUGUUGUAUGGAAGUGGGACACGAUCUUCACUGAAGUGUCAUCUGAGCUGCGGAAUGAGUGGGACCCAAAUGAAGAGACAGGAGAGAGAGAGAAAACACCAUAAUUCGUACACUUCUUGGUCCCUUUAUUUUUAAUAGUAUAAAUAUUUUUUUC